UAGCUAAAGUUAGCGAGCGUUUCUUACCUAGCCAGCAACCAGUCACUGUCAACUUUCAUCAAACUAGGCUUAUAUUGUUGACAACUUUAUUCGUAAUGACAUCGGUGACCAGUGGCUGGGCAUACUUAUUUGAACGCUUGCCUAUGGUGAAAAAGUUCCAUCAGACAAGGCUUGUAGCUAAGCACGCUAGCUAACUGCUGACAGCUCUGGUGCAAUCUCGUUUCAUUUUGACCGAAUUGACCUAAUCCCGGAUCCCGGUUUUUUAUUAAGAUAAGAUAAUUCACAGAUCAAAAGAUGUUCUUGGUAGGGUUGACUGGAGGAAUUGCCUCAGGGAAGAGCACUGUGUCUUCUCUGCUUCGAGAGCUCGGCUGCCCCAUCAUCGACGCUGAUGUGGUGGCUAGACAAGUGGUGGAGCCCCACAGUCCAGCCUACUUCCGGAUCGUGAAGCACUUUGGCCCCGAGAUCUUGCUGGAGAACGGGGAGAUCGACCGGCAGAAGCUGGGUGGGCUCAUCUUCGCCAACGGAGAAAAGCGCCGCCUGCUCAACUCAAUCACACAUCCCGAGAUCCACAAGGCCAUGCUCAAACAGAUCCUCUUUUACUUCAUCCGAGGUUAUCGCUACGUGGUGCUAGACGUGCCCCUGCUCUUCGAGACGCGGCGCCUCACUCGUUUCCUCCACCACACCGUUGUAGUCUACUGCGAUCCCGCCACCCAGCUGUCGCGUCUCAUGCUCCGGGACGGGCUGACCCAGGAACAGGCGGAGCAGCGCAUCGCAGCCCAGAUGCCCCUUAACGAGAAGCGGGGCCUCGCCAGCCACGUGGUGGAGAACUCGGGCAGCCGCGAGGACACCCAGCGCCAGGUGCUGAGGCUGCACACCAAGCUGGAGGACUCUGUAGAGUUCCUGCUGGUUAGGGCCAUUGCUGUAGCGGCCGCAGCAGGCCUCGGCGGACUACUCCUGUAUGCUGCCAAGCUUCUGGUGUCUUAGCAAAUGGAGCGAAAGAGCCGAAAUACGUCUCACUACGCCAGCCCGCAGUUGAAUUGAAAUUGAUACCCAGGCACUUUCACCGUCGGCCUGGCUCGCGCAGCUAGAGGUUCAACGGUCAGAAAUGCGUCACGGUUUAAAUGUCUGCAGACAGCUUGAACUAAGAAAGUGCAAACUUUUAAUGCAAAUUGAUUUUCUACAUUAACAAUGUAAUGUGAGAUCUGAAGUAGUUUGACAUUGCCUGAGAAACAGUAUUGUUGAGGUAUGAAUGUUUUAUGCUGAUUUCACCUUUGUUUUUACAUUUUAAAGAGAGAUCACUGAUGUCCGAUUAACCCUUUAGUUAGUCUAUGUGGCAAGGAUUCAGCAAACCAAGAUUUAGAUUUUAGCUUCUUAUUGGGGCUGUUUGGAGAAAAGCGGUGGGAGUGAUAAGGAAUUGAAUGACUGAGUUGAUCUGUGCCUGCGUUGAUCAUGUUACGUUAUUAGCUCCUUUGCAUGCAACAAUGCUACGAUAAUCUGUGAAAAGUUAGAUCUCACUAGUGAUGGCAAUUCGAGUCUUCAUGACCGUUUCUUCUAGCAGCAGGAUAUUAUGCUAGCAGCGAAGCCUCGUUUGGCCAUCACUGGAUCUCAGGUUUUGUUUAUCAAAUAGGCUAAACGUUUUAAAUGAGCUAUUAAGGUGUAAUAUCUUUUUAAGAACGGGAAAACCAAUAUGGGUUAAUUAACCCUUUCUAAGAACGUUUCAAACUGAUUUUAUGGACUAUAUGUGAGGUCAUUAGAAUGAAUACAUGUUAUAUAUUCGACGGUCCACUUGACACAUGAACAUGUACACUACAGAGUUCUACGAACGGAAUGAAGAUAACACAAAUGAUUCCACUGUCUAUUUCUAACACAUGAAGCUGUCCUUUAUGCAAUAUCUUUUUUUUAAACAUAAGGUAAAAAACUGAGUUUAUCUGUUAGCCAAGCAGGUAUUUAUUUUUGUCAUAAAAGAAUGGGAAUUGUGUUUCUAACUGUAAACCUGUUAUUAAAAUAAAUAGCUUACCUCAACCCCC